AUAGUAACAUCGUAUGUAUUGAAGACUUUGUGUCUGUAAACAUGAUUUCACCAUUGCUCGCUGCGGGUGUUAGAACUUAGGAGACCCGGAGGAUAGAUAGUCUUCGAAUACGUAAAAGAACCUGAAUUGAUUGGUGAAUGGUUAGUUGAUGACAGCGAGUUGGAAAAGCACCGGAGAAAAGAGAAGGAAAAAGAAGAACCUUAAAGUGCGGGUUUACUUUGUUUUCAUGGUCAUUGUUUAGUCAACUGUCAUUUUCUAUGCAACCUUUCUACUUGCAGACUGCCCAUGCACUCUCUUUGAAGAACAAAUUAGCAGUUUAAUCAGAUUCUUUACGGAAUUAUCAGCAAAACUCUUUCCCCUUGUAGGUUUCCCUUGUCUUUGAGCACCAUUAUACACACAACAUCUCUCCUUUUGAAUCAAAGAGCCUUAUGGAUCAAAGAUUGCUCAAGGCAGCAAGAUCAGGUGAUCUCAAUGUAAUCAAGCAACUUGCUGAUGCUGAAGGCAAUAUCCUUGGUGGAACAACUCCUCAAGGAAACACUGCUCUUCACAUGGUUGCAAGAUUCGGGCACGAGAAUUUGGUACAAGAGUUAAUGAAGCGGCAACCUAACCUUGUCCUCAAGAGUAACCUCAAAGGUGAGACCCCCGUCCAUGUUGCAGCCAGGGGUGGACAUUGGCGAAUUGUUCUGUUAUUCAGAGAUUCUGCAAGCGGCUCAAACGAUGUUUACAUUGCAAGAAUCAGAGAUAAUUAUGGUAACACGCCCUUACACUGUGCCGUGAGAAAUGAUCAUUAUUUGGUCGUGUGGAAAUUGGCAGAUAAAGACAGAGAAUCAUUGGAGUUGGUCAAUGAUGCUGGGGAAUCCCCACUGUCUAUUGCUAUCGAUCUGAAGUUAGCAGUUACUGCAGAGGCAAUCAUAGGCUUAAAUCGAUCCACUCUUGAUUACAGAGGACCCAAUGGCCAAACUCCAUUGCAUUGUGCUGUCAUAAGGCGUGAUUUACAUAUCAUGCGUAAAAUGCACAUCAGAAAACCAAAACUCAUUAAAAUGCAAGAUGAAAAGCAGAGGACUCCCCUUCACUAUGCUGCAGCCUUGGGUGAAUAUGAAAUAGUCAAGUUGCUGCUAGAAUGGGAUACUUCGGCUGCAUAUCAGGGAGAUGACAAUGAACAAAUACCUCUCCAUUUGGCGGCAGAAAAUGGACAACUAAACUUGUUAAAGAUAUUGCUGGAUCCCUGCCCGGACACCAUUGAGUUAUUAGAUAAUGAGCAACAAAACAUCCUACACUUUGCGGCCAAAAAUGGAAAUAUUGAUGCUGUAUCAUUUAUAUUGAAGUUGCCUGAAAUGGAAGACUUGGUUAAUGCAGCUGAUAUGAAUGGAAAUACUCCAUUGCAUCUUGCAGCAAAGAAUUUCCACAGCAGCAUUGUAUACAUUCUAACAAGGAAUGCAAAGGUGGACAUUAGGGCAAUCAAUAAAUCCCAUGAGACUCCUCUAGCUAUUGUGCAAUCAACUGAUGACCGUGGAAUGGAACUUCAAAAGCACUUGACAUUGAAAGCACUUAAGAGCUCUUACGCAAAGCGAGCUAUUAAUCCCAAAGAUGUUGUCGAUAAUGCACAAUUCAGUUAUGUUGAAGUUGACAAAGUUGAAAGAGGUGGUAAGAAAAGUAGAGAGAUGGCUCAAAUAAUCUCAGUGAUGGCGACACUAAUAGCUACAUUCACAUUUACUGCUGCCUUCACCAUUCCUGGAGGUUUUAUAAACGAUGGUCCAGAUGAGGGUAUGGCGACUUUGAUUAGAAAAUCAGCUUUCAAAGCAUUUGUCAUCACUGAUACUAUUGCCAUGACUUCAUCCAUGACUGCUGCGGUUAUGGUUUUCUGGUCAUCUUCUCGUCGCAAUAGCGAAUCAUUCAUGGACACACUUCCUUUUGCCAUUGGCUUGACAUGGAUUGCCCUGGUGGCAAUGGCACUAGCAUUCGUGACUGGCUUGUUCGUUGUGUUGUCCAAGAAUCUAUGGCUGGGUAUAGUGGUUUGUGUGAUUGGCUGUGCUGCACCUGCCAUUCUUUACAUAUUUGCGCCUUUGUUCCUUCUUGUGUUUGAUCGCCUGUCCUCUACUCGAGCUCGCCGGCGUAAUAUUGUUGAAGACAAUCCAUUUUUGUUUGUUUUCAGAUUGGCAAAGAUGAUUUCUUAACGUCCAAAUCUGAAUUUGUAGUUGGAGGGUAAAUGUUUGAAAUAAAAAGUUGUAAGACGCUUGUAAAUUUAAGAGCUGGUGCGCCUGUAAUGGAAGCUUGGAAGUUCAAUCAGCCCAUUUGAGAUA